UCUGGAGAGGGUACAUUGGAUUAUCACACUUUUGAUAAUAAGCAAAAAUGGGGAAGUACGCUCUAGCUACCACCUUCCUACUCCUCCUCAACUUGGGUACAUUGCUCACUUCUCUCGCUAAGCCCUACUGUCCACCACCAGAACACCCUCCCAAAUUUCCACCCAAACACCCCCCAAAGGUAAAACCACCAUCCCACCCUAAACCACCAAAACAACCACCACAUGUCAAACCACACCCUCCUCAUGUCAAACCCCACCCUCCGUACGUACCAAAACCCCCACCAUAUACUCCCAAACCACCCGUUAUGCAUCCUCCCAAGCCUCCCCACGCUAAACCACCACACAAACCUCCCCAUGUCAAGCCACCAAACAAACCUCCUCACGCCAAACCACCACCCUACACCCCAAAACCACCGGCCGUAAAACCUCCACCAUACACCCCUAAACCCCCACACAAACCUCCACAUACCAAACCACCAAACAAACCUCCUCACGCCAAACCACCACCCUACAUCCCAAAACCACCAGUCGUAAAACCUCCACCAUACACCCCUAAACCCCCUGUAGAAAAACCUCCACCGCACACCCCUAAGCCCCCCGUAGCACAACCACCACCAUUCAUGCCAAAUCCACCACCAGUUGUGACACCACCGCCGGCGCCUGUACUACCUAAGCCUCCUCCAUCAACGCCAGUGCCAGUGAUACCUAAGCCUUCUCCUUCAACGCCAACGCCUGUGGUUCCGAAGCCACCUCCAUCGACGCCAAUGCCAGUGAUACCUAAGCCACCUCCAUCGACGCCAACACCGAUGAUACCUAAGCCACCUCCGUCAACGCCAACGCCGAUGAUACCUAUGCCUAGUCCUCCCACGCCAGCGCCGAUGGUACCUAUGCCUAGUCCUCCCACGCCACAGCCAAUGGUACCUAUGCCAAGUCCUCCCAAGCCAGCGUCGAUGAUACCUAUGCCUAGUCCUCCCACGCUAGCACCGAUGGUACCUAUGCCUAGUCCUCCGACUCCAAUACCAAGUCCUCCCAUGCAAGUACCGAUUGUACCUAUGCCAAGUCCUCCCACGUUAGUGCCGAUGGUACCUAUGCCUAGUCCUCCCACGCCAGCGCCGAUGGUACCUAUGCCAAGUCCUCCCAAGCCAACACCAAUGGUACCUAUGCCUAGUCCUCCCAUGCCACCACCGAUGGUUCCUAUGCCUAGUCCUUGCACGCCAGUGCCAAUAGUACCUAUGCCUAGUCCUCACAUGCCAUUGCCAAGUCCUCCCAUGCCAGCACCGAUGGUACCUAUGCCUAGUCCUCCUAUGCUAUCGCCGAUGGUACCUAUACCAAGUCCUCCUACGCCAGUGCCGAUGGUACCUAUGCCAAGUCCUCCCACGCCAGCGCCGAUGGUGCCUAUGCCACGUCCUCCCACGCCAGCGCCGAUGGUGCCUAUGCCAAGUCCUCCCACGCCAGCGCCGAUGGUGCCUAUGCCAAGUCCUCCCAUGCCAGCACCGAUGGUAUCUAUGCCAAGUCCUCCCACGCUAACACCGAUGGUACCUAUGCCUAGUCCUCCUAUGACAGCGCCGAUGGUACCGAUACCAAGUCCUCCCAUGCCAGUGCCGAUGGUACCUAUGCCAAGUCCUCCCACGCCAGCACCAAUAGUGCCUAUGCCAAGUCCUCCCAUGCCAGCGCCGAUGGUACCUAUGCCUAGUCCCCCUACGCCAGCACCGAUGGUACCUAUGCCUAGUCCUCCUACGCCAAUGCCAAGUCCUCCCAAUCCAGCGCCGAUGGUACCUAUGCCAAGUCCUCCCACGCCAGCGCCGAUGGUACCUAUGCCUAGUCCUCCCACACAAUCGCCGAUAGUACCUAUACCUAGUCCCCCCACGCCAGCGCCGAUGGUUCCUAUGCCUAGUCCUCCCACGCCAGCACCGAUGGUACCUAUGCCUAGUCCUCCGAUGGUACCUAUGCAUAGUCCUCUCACGCCAAUGCCGAGUCCUCCCACGCUAGCGCCGAUGGUACCUAUGCCAAGUCCUCCCACGCCAGCGCCGAUGGUACCUAUGCCUCGUCCUCCCACACUAGCACCGAUGGUACCUAUGCCUAGUCCUCCCAUGCCAGCACCGAUGGUAUCUAUGCCAAGUCCCCCCACGCUAACACCGAUGGUACCUAUGCCUAGUCCUCCUAUGACAGCGCCGAUGGUACCGAUACCAAGUCCUCCCAUGCCAGUGCCGAUGGUACCUAUGCCAAGUCCUCCCACGCCAGCACCGAUAGUGCCUAUGCCAAGUCCUCCCAUUCCAGCGCCGAUGGUACCUAUGCCUAGUCCCCCUACGCCAGCACCGAUGGUACCUAUGCCUAGUCCUCCUACGCCAAUGCCAAGUCCUACCAAUCCAGCGCCGAUGGUACCUAUGCCAAGUCCUCCCACGCCAGCGCCGAUGGUACCUAUGCCUAGUCCUCCCACACAAUCGCCGAUAGUACCUAUACCUAGUCCCCCUACGCCAGCGACGAUGGUUCCUAUGCCUAGUCCUCCCACGCCAGCACCGAUGGUACCAAUGCCUAGUCCCCCCAUGCCAGCACCGAUGGUACCUAUGCCUAGUCCUCCCAAGCCAAUGCCAAGUCCUCCCACGCCAGGACUGAAUGUACCUAUGCCUAGUCCUCCCACGCCAAUGCCAAGUCCUCCAAUGCCAACACCGAUUGCACCUAUGCCUAGUCCCCCCAUGCCAGCACCGAUGGUACCUAUGCCUAGUCCCCCUAUGCCUAGUCCUCCUACGCCAAUGCCAAGUCCUCCCAAUCCAGCGCCGAUGGUACCUAUGCCAAGUCCUCCCACGCCAGCACCGAUGGUACCUAUGCCUAGUCCUCCCACACAAUCGCCGAUGGUACCUAUACCUAGCCCCCCUACACCAGCGCCGAUGGUACCUAUGCCUAGUCCUCCCACACCAGCACCGAUGGUACCAAUGCCUAGUCCCCCCACGCCAGCUCUGAUGGUACCUAUGCCUAGUCCUCCCACGCCAACACCGAUUGCACCUAUGCCUAGUCCCCCCAUGCCAUCACCGAUGGUACCUAUGCCUAGUCCCCCUACGCCAGCGCCGAUGGUACCUAUGCCUUGUCCUCCAAAAUCAUUGUGCCCUCCAUCGUCCCCGUCCCCGGCACAGGAAAUGUGUCCUAUCGACACAUUAAAGCUCGGGGCUUGUGUGGAUAUUUUGGGUGGGUUGGUCCAUAUAGGUAUUGGUGGAAGCGCCAAGGACAAGUGUUGUCCAGUUCUGCAAGGUCUGGUGGACCUGGAUGCGGCGAUAUGCCUCUGCACCACUAUUAAGGCUAAGCUUCUUAAUAUCAAUGUUAUUCUCCCCAUUGCUCUUCAGGUCCUUGCUGACUGUGGGAAGACUCCUCCACCUGGAUUUCAAUGUCCCGCUUAGAUUCAUCAUCGUCAUAUGCCACAUAUGAUUAAUCGAUUUGAGAGAAAAUUGGUUUGGUUAUUUACUUUCUAGGUUUUGAACUUUUAGUCAAAGAAAAGUUAUUCAAGAAAUUAAAAUAAUUGUAUAAAUAAUGUUCUCGUUAUUUAUACUUGUUUUUAACAUUUUGAUGUUUAUUUUGUUCCUUGGAGAUCGUGUCUCUACCAAAUAAGUAAUGAA